AUGGACAAGUCGGCAAAACCCGGGCCGGCAACAGCGCAGCCAAGCAUGCCAGAGCAGCUCGAGUUCCCAGCUGCCGCGGCAGCGUCCCUGCAGCCUCACCUUCCGCCACCGCAACAGCAGCAGCAGCAGCAGCAGCACGACCAGCACGACCAGCGCGCCGCCGCCGCCGCCGCCGCCGCCGCCGGGCCAAGCCGCCCGUUCGUGACGCUCACGUUUGCAACCUCUCUCGACGCGUCCCUCUCCCUCGCCCCGGGCGUCCGGACGCGCCUGUCCGGCCCCGGCUCCAAGGCCAUGACACACUACCUCCGGUCCCGACACGCCGCCAUCCUCGUGGGCGUCUCGACCCUGCUGGCCGACGACCCGGGCCUGAACUGCCGCGCCGCCGGCGCGACCUGCCAGCCGCGUCCGAUCAUCAUCGACCCGCACCUGCGGUGGACGCCCCGGCCCUCCGACAAGGUCCUGCAGCUCUGCCGCUCCGGCGCCGGCCUGGCGCCGUUUGUGCUCACCGCCGCGGACGCGGGCGAGCCGCCCCGGCAGGGCGCCGAGGCGGUGCUGUCGCAGCACGGCGGAAAGUACAUUCGCGUGCGGGCCGCGCGUCCCGCGCAAGGCUCCCGCGCGCGCUUCGACUGGACAGACGUGCUGGCAGCCCUGGCCGCGGAGGGCCUGGCGAGCGUCAUGGUGGAGGGGGGCGCCCAGGUCAUCAACGCGCUGCUGAGCCCGGCCUGCCACGACCUGGUUGACUCGGUCAUCGUCACCAUUGCGCCCACGUGGCUGGGCCAGGGCGGCGUGGUCGUCUCUCCGGAGAGGGUGCACGAUGACCGGGGAACGCCCCGACCUGCAGCGCGAUUGUCCGGCGUGUCGUGGCAUCCCUUUGGGGAGGACGUCGUGCUCUGCGGCAAACUAGGGCCUGCAACAUUGUCCCCGUAG